AUGCACUAUACAUAUCUGGAAUUUUGUCUUUCAGCGGCUGGCUUGGACUUGUUUGAAGGCGACAUUAAAAUUGAGAAAAAUACAAGAAAUGCAAUAAUUGGUGAUAACUACAGGUGGCCACAGACAAUCCCAUACUACCUAGAGGACAAUCUAGAAAUUAAUGCCAAGGGUAUUAUACUGCAAGCAUUUGAACGCUACAGGCUGAAAACAUGCAUUGAUUUUAAGCCAUGGGCUGGAGAAAAGAACUAUAUUUCCGUAUUUAAAGAUAGUGGAUGCUAUUCAUACAUUGGAAACCAGCACUGGGGAAAACAACCACUUUCUAUUGGAUCAGGAUGUGAUACUAUUGAAGUAGUUCAACACGAGUUCCUUCAUGCUUUGGGUUUUUAUCAUGAGCAAUCACGAUCUGACCGUAACGACUAUGUAACUAUUGUGUGGAAAAAUAUCCAACCUGGCAAAGGACAUAAUUUUGAAGCCUAUGAUGAUAAAACCUUGAGCUUUCUAAAUGUUCCUUAUGAUUACACCUCUUUAAUGCAUUACAGCAAAACUUCUUUUCAGAUUAGUAAUGAGUCAACAGUCAUACCUAAGAAUCCUGACUACAUUAAUAUAAUUGGCAACCAAAUGGAUUUCGGUGAAAGUGAUGUCUUAAAGUUAAACAAAUUGUACAACUGCUCAUCGUCUCUCACUUUCCUGGAUUCAUGCAGCUUUGAACGAGAUGUAAUUUGUGGCAUGUUGCAGAGUACAAGUGAUUCUUCUGAUUGGGAGCGCAUUUCUAACAUUUCAAAUGGUCCAAAUUCUGAUCACACAUUCCUUGGUAAAUUAUCAGACACAGGCUACUUCAUGCACUUCAGCACCAGCACUGGCAACACUGGGAGCAAUGCUAUACUUGAAAGCCGAUUAUUCUAUCCUAAGAGGGCAUAUCAGUGUCUGGAAUUCUUCUAUUAUCACAGUGGUAGUGAAAGUGACCAGCUCCAAAUCUGGAUUAAAGAAUACACAACUGGCAAACCCAAUGGUGUUCUGAAAUUAGUGGAUUCCGUAUCUGGCAAACCUGCUGAUUAUUGGAAGGUUCAUUUUUCCUCAUUAAAUACCACAAAGAAGUUCAGAUUUGUGUUCCAAGGCGUAAAAGGAAGUGGAAAUUCUACUGGUGGUAUCUCUAUCGAUGACAUCAACUUGUCUGAAACUCAGUGUGUUCAGAAUGUUUGGCACAUCAGAAACUUCAGUCUUGAUUUCACUAAAGAAAUAGCACUGAGUCCUCCAUACUACUCUAACGAUGGGUAUGCUUACCAGAUUGCUCUAUGGUCAUAUGCUACACUAUCUUCACCAUAUAACCUUGCAGCAUAUCUUUAUCUGAUAACUGGAGAGAAUGAUCGCACCCUUCAGUGGCCCUGUCCUUGGAGGCAAGCUACAGUGGAGUUCAUGGACCAAAAUCCAACCAUUCAGCAGAGAACAUCAAACAUGAAGAGUAUUACUACAGAUCCAAAACAGUUCUCACCAGGUUCCAACACAUUGUUAUGGAAUAAUCCUGCAGUGGUAGGAAGUUUCUCAUUAUUCCCUAAUGGAACCACUUACAGAAAGACUGGUGGGUAUGGACAGUUCCUGUUUAAGGCUGAAGAAUGGCUUUAUAGAAGGGACUUCCUAAAAGGAGGAGAUGCUUUUAUUCUCAUAUCUAUGGAAGGUAUGCCACAAAUUAUCACAUUUUACUUACAGUGGUUGUAA